AACCUGUUAUCACGCAAACGCGUUCGCAUCUCAAUUUGACUACGUUUCUUCAUUGAAGUUCCGCUAGACAAGUUUCCAAACAUUUCUUUCAAAUAAAUUUAUUUACCAACACGCAUUGCGAUGAUGAGGUCAUUUAAUUAACGUCAUGUAGCCUCAGAAACCAAACCAUUCAAACCAUCGUACAUGGAUGAAGCUCACAGUGAUGCGAGUUCUACUACCUCGGAACAUUUCGUGGAUGCUCUCAACAUGACAGAAUUCAAAGUAUUGCACAAUUACAGUGAUCAAACAAACACACAUUCGGCGGGCAUUGAACCGGUACGCAAUGAAACGUUAUCCGAUUCGCAAAAUCCGGUCGACUUUGUGUUGGUUUACGGUGGUCCUUCUAAAAACGUACAGCAUUGUUUGGUCGAAGAAGAGAACAAGGAAAAAAUUAGAUCUAUGUUUGAAAAAUGCCUAAUGGAAGAAGGAUUGGAAAUCGAAAAAGAAACCGCUGGAAGUCUGACAUUCGUAAAAAUAUUCGCACCUCGUCAUGUGCUCGCUAAAAACUGCGAAACACUCAAGCUGAAAAUGCCCAUGAAAGAAAUAGAAACCGAUGCAGUUGACGGCGCUGCAGGAUUCGAUUUGGUCAACGAAGUGAAAACAUUCUGCAGGAAAACCAUUCGAGCUUUUAUUACUAUCGAUCCUAGGAGAAGUUACGAGGAGAAAAAUGUCCUGUACGCGGAAUACAGCAGAGAUAAAUACUAUUUAUUCGACGAAAAUGAUCCAGAUUUUUUCGAUUAUUCGGUUCGAAUAAUCGUUAUUGAUUAUAUUCUGAGUAAAAUACCUUGGGGUAAAGAUGCCAACGACCCGUGUCGAAUCGGAAUCCAACCUUUAAUCGAAGAAGACGUGUACGAAGCAGCGUAUCCUCUGCAUGACGGAGAUUACAGAUCGGAAGGCUCGUUACGUAAUCAGCUACGUGUUGAAUGGGCCGAUACGAGAUCAUGGAUUAAAUUACAGCCUAUCGACGAGAUUAAAGAUUAUUUAGGAGUGAAAUCCGCUUUUUAUUUUGCUUGGCUCGGGUUUUACACCCAUCUUCUGAUUCCUGCUUCAAUUUUCGGUUUAAUCGUAUUUCUUUACGGAUUUCUCACCAUAAAAGGAGAUGGUUUUAGCGCUGAUAUUUGCGAGAAAUCUGAAAAUAUUACAAUGUGUCCACUUUGCGAUAAAUAUUGCGAUUAUUGGAAAUUAUCAGAUACCUGCCGGCAUGCACAAGUUACCCAUAUGUUUGAUAACAUAUUUACCGUAGUAUUUGCCUUUGUGAUGUCAGUUUGGGCUACCUUAUUUUUGGAACUUUGGAAACGACACGCCGCCGUAUUAUCUCACCGUUGGGGUUUAACCGAUUACACCACCCAAACAGAGCAUCCUCGUCCGCAAUAUUCGGCGAAAUUAGCCGGAUCUAAGAAGAAAAUCAAUGUAGCCACUGGUGAACCUGAAGUAGUGCUAUCUUUUUGGCGUUACAAACUACCAACUGUGGUUCUUAGCUACACAGUCAUUUUGUUAUUUAUUUUUGUUGUCAUCGGAGCUGUAUUCGGUAUUGUAUUGUAUAGAAUGUGGAUGAUGCAAGCAGAUUCUUGGUUCAAUAGUAAUAGAUCGUUUUCUAGUCUAGUCAUUCCCGCUACCGCCGCUACCCUUAAUUUAAUUUCCAUCAUGAUUUUAAAUAUGUUUUACAACAAGGUGGCUAUUUACUUGACCAAUUUGGAACUACCCAGAACCCAAACGGAUUUUGAGAAUUCGUUAUCAAUCAAGAUGUAUAUUUUUCAAUUCGUCAACUAUUAUUCAGCUCUGAUGUACAUUGCUUUUUUGAAAGGCAAAUUCGUCGGAUAUCCGAAAAAGUAUAAUCGUAUUUUUGGAUAUAGACAAGAAGAAUGCAGCCCCGGAGGAUGUUUGAUUGAAAUGAGUAUUCAAUUAGCUAUAAUUAUGGUAGGCCAGCAAAUCUUCAACAGUAUUUUGGAAAUAUUGACUCCAAUAAUUUGGAAACGAGUGAAUAAAAAUUCGUUGCAAAAAAGUUGCGAAAAUGAUAAGAAAGAGUUGAAGUUCAAUUGUAGAAAUCAAUGGACCGAAGAUUACAAAUUAUUGGACUGGGGAGCGGAAGGAUUAUUUUGGGAAUAUUUAGAAGUUGUUAUUCAAUUCGGUUUCGUUACAUUGUUCGCGUCUGCUUUUCCAUUGGCUCCUGCAUUCGCCUUAUUGAAUAAUAUUUUCGAGCUCAGAUUAGACGCUAAGAAAAUUCUGAAAUAUUACAGACGUCCUGUACCGCAUCGAGUACCUAAUAUCGGAGCUUGGUACAGAAUACUGGAUGUUGUUGGUAAAAUUGCUGUAGUAUCCAAUGCUGCUAUUAUAGCUUUUUCAUCGAAUUUUAUUCCAAAACUUGUGUACAUGUACUUUCGAGAAAGCGAACAUCUACCUGGAUUUUUAGAAUUCUCUCUGUCAUCGUUUCAUACUUCUGAUUUCAACGAAACCGUCGCUCCUUUACCCGAAAUUCUAACCACAAAUGUGUCCACUUGCCGUUACUACGCUUUUAGAGAAGCUCCGGGUAAAGAAAAAGAAUACAAACGAACAACAAUGUAUUGGAGAAUCUUGGUCAUGAAACUUUUAUUCAUUCUCAUAUUUCAGAACGUAGUGUUUAUUAUCAAAACAGCCAUUCAGUGGUUGAUACCGGACGUGCCGCAAAAAUUAUCAGAUCGAAUAAAGCAAGAGAACCGUUUAAUUACCGAAUUAAUGGUAACGCGUAAAACAGAAGCGGCUAUCAAGAAUGCCGGUUACGAUCCCAAUGAAAGUUCAACUACUAAAAAAUAUGUCGAUGAAGAAAGUCCUAGUCCUAGGCGAUAGUACAUAUUUUGAUUACCUACCUAAUUACGUAAUAUUAAUUCUAUUUUUUCUCGAUAGAUUUAAUUAAUUUAAUUAUUACGAGCUUUCUGUGAAUUAUUAUUUUUACUCUCGAUUGAAUACACCUACCUGUAUUCUAACGAAUCUGAGUAUUUUUUUUACCUCGUGUUUUAUGAGCUUUGUUAUGCCAAUUUUGUUUUUAUAAUGGAAAUUUUAAUAUUAUCGCUAAGAUCUGUUACGAAUCUUUGUUUAUACUAGGUAUAAUUAUGUUUUUAGCUAUAAUGGUCAAGUUUUUAUAUGGUUUGAUGCACCGUUGUUGCUUACCUACUUUUUGUUUUCUUUUAAUAUGUAUUCCUGUGAUAUUCUAACCAUCUGAAUGACGAAUAUUGUGAUUUUUUGCUUAUUAAACUUUUAAUUUCAUUUUGAA